GAACAACAAAGAUGGCAGGACUAGGAAGCAGCACCUACUGGGAAGACCUGCGAAAGCAGGCCCGACAGUUGGAGAAUGAACUUGACCAGAAGUUGGUCUCCUUCAGUAAACUGUGCACCAGCUACAGCAGCUCCAGAGACGGACGUCGAUCAGACACGUCGGACACCACCCCACUACUGAACAACUCUACCCAGGACAGGAUGUUUGACAGCAUGUCAGUGGAGAUUGAGCAGCUGCUGGCCAAAUUAACUGCAGUGAAUGACAAGAUGGCGGAGUACACCAAUGCCCCGGGAACGUCUUCUCUCAAUGCCGCACUCAUGCACACGCUUCAGAGACACAGAGACAUUCUACAGGAUUACACACAAGAAUUCCACAAAACUAAAGGAAACUUUUUGGCCAUACGAGAGAGAGAGGACCUGCUCGGCUCCGUCAGGAAAGACAUUGAGACCUAUAAGAGCGGCUCCGGGGUCAACAACAGAAGAACAGAGCUGUUUCUAAAGGAGCACGAACACCUGAGAAACUCCGACCGACUGAUGGAUGACACAAUAAGUAUUGCCAUGGCGACCAAGGAGAACAUGACCUCCCAGAGGGGAUUGCUGAAAUCCAUACAGAGCAGGGUCAACACAUUGGCCAACCGUUUCCCCACCAUUAACAACCUCAUCCAGCGAGUCAACCUGCGGAAGAGACGGGACUCUCUCAUCCUCGGCUCAGUGAUCGGCAUCUGCACCAUUCUCCUUCUCCUCUACGCUUUUCACUGAAAGCCGGGGCCCAGUGAAAACUUUGAGGAAGCAGGACUGAUAAGCUCUUUUAUAGCGUGGGACCCCCAGGAGACUGAGCUCGGUGACAGGAGGAGCCCUAAAGGCCCCUGAGCAGAAAGACACUCUCUAGGUCCAGUUUCGGGACAGACUUGACCAGCAUGAACUACUGAACUUGUAUUUAGCAGUGGGACAGAUGUGGGGGCUGGUGGUUGGGAUGCUCUUCUGCCAACAAGGGAACAGAUACCAAAAGUACAGAUUAGACUAGAGAAUCUUAUUUUAUUGAUAAGUCACUUGGAAAGAGAGUCUGUGGCGUUGAAAGCUUGAAGACACUGCGUGUGAUGCAUAAUUCUUUUUCGAAUGUGGAAGGAUUUUUAGUCUAUCAGUACUUUUUAAUUGAUGGAGAGGGAUUGAUAGUUCAUUGUGGGCUGUAAAAUGUGAAUUAAUAAAUUAUUCAUAUCAUUAUGUGCAAAACUGUGUGACACUAAUACAUACAAAUCAUAAAAAUGUUUUAAUAUAUAAUGUGAAAAAUGAA